GUCUCCGCGCGUCGUCCUACUCGCCCUCCAGCCUGCCCGAGUUCGGCCCAGAGCGUGAUCCUCAUCGUCUACCUGCCGCCGCCUCCGCCAUGCUGCCAGCCGCGCUCCUCCGCCGCCCCGGUCUGGGUCGCCUCGUGGGCCAGGCCCGCGCCUACGCCGAGGCCGCGGCCGCCCCGGUUUCUGCCGCGGGCCCGGGACAAAUGUCUUUUACCUUCGCCUCACCCACACAGGUCUUCUUCAAUGGAGCCAACGUUCGGCAGGUGGAUGUGCCCACGCAGACAGGAGCCUUUGGUAUCCUGGCAGCCCAUGUGCCCACCCUGCAGGUCCUGCGGCCAGGGCUGGUGGUUGUCCACGCUGAGGAUGGCACCACCUCCAAAUACUUUGUGAGCAGCGGCUCCGUCACAGUGAAUGCUGAUUCAUCAGUUCAGUUACUGGCGGAAGAAGCUGUGACACUGGAUAUGUUGGACCUGGGGGCGGCCAAGGCAAACUUGGAGAAGGCACAGUCGGAGCUGUCAGGGGCAGCGGAUGAGGCUGCGAGGGCUGAGAUCCAAAUCCGCAUUGAGGCCAAUGAAGCCCUGGUGAAGGCCCUGGAGUAGGCGAGACCUCUGCUCUCCACUGCCUCAUCCGGACCAGUCUGUCCCCAAUCUGUGCCCCAUUAAAGACCAGGGACCCCG